CGCUCCAUCGCUGCAAUGUCUGCCCCAGCUGCUGGCCCUCCCGCUGCCCCCGGAGAAGGACCCCCAGCUCCCCCCAACCUCACCAGCAACAGAAGGCUUCAGCAAACGCAGGCACAGGUCGAUGAGGUUGUGGAUAUCAUGCGCGUCAAUGUAGACAAGGUGUUGGAACGAGAUCAAAAGCUGUCCGAACUGGAUGACCGUGCGGACGCUCUGCAGGCCGGAGCCUCGCAGUUUGAAACCAGCGCGGCCAAACUCAAACGCAAGUACUGGUGGAAGAACCUCAAGAUGAUGAUCAUUAUGGGAGUGAUAUGCGCCAUCAUCCUCAUCAUAAUUAUUGUUUAUUUCAGCACCUAAGGACAGAGUCACACUCUCUCCCCGUCUCUCUGUCUCUUUUUCUCCCCCUUCGCCGGAUCUGUCAUCUACCCCAGCUGGAACCAGACAA